AUACUAAGAAGACCGCGUCCGGGAAAGGCGAUCAGGCCGUCACAAGCGACGAGGGUGAGUAUAGCUUCUUGCACCCCCCUCGAUCCCGCCUCCUUAACCCUGACGCCGAUGUGAGAGCGAACUGCACAACACUGGAGAAACUGAGGAUGCAAACAUAGAAUCUCGUCCUUCGCUCCAUGCUGACGAUACAACUUUGACAAUGUCGUAUUCCAGUGAGUGGCCGCCCAGAUACCCGUUGCGUGACAGAAUACUGACGACGCCGUGCCAGGGUACGAGAUGGCUCAGACCCCGGGCGAGAUGAUCCGCCAAAUCGAGUCAGAUUUAGGCGAUCUAUCCAGUUAGUUAUCUUUCCGAGUCUGACAAUAGUAGCUCGAAGCUGACGUGGGGGAUAGGAGGCAGCGAUUUCCCACACCCUUCUAGAGCCGAAAAUACCACUCGAGCCGUGAAUAUCCCUGGAAGAGCAAGAAUUGGUUCCGAUGCGGGUCGAGCCCAAUCCAUGCAGAGCGUGCCAUCUGACCGUGUUCAGUCGUAUGGCAGUAUGCCGUCUGCUUACAGCCCUGUGGAGCGGGUCGCCUCGGGCGGUUCCCGCUCAGCUCAUGUCCAAGCCAAUCACCGAGACCAGGGUUAUUACAUGCCACCACCUCAGAGUGUUGGUCAAGCUGCGUCGAGAGACUUUCCGAGUCAGCAGGACAUACGGAGAGGUUCCCUCGAGCUAUCCAGGAACGAGCCGCCCAACUCUGAAUAUAGAGUACCGCCAAGAAUGCGUCGCCGAAACCCAUAUGUAGGUUCGUGGGUCCGAGAACAACAACAUGGUGAUCCGUCUGGCUAUCCCAAUGAGCCUUCUUCUGAAACCCACAUGAACCGGUUCCCACAGCAAUACGAGGAGGAAAUUGGCGCUGCUUUGACCCCUGACGUCGAAUUUGGUCCGGCUCCAGGAAACACCGCAUGGAGGCCGAGGAGUUCCGACUCUUCACAUGGGUCUGUUGCCUCGUCUGCGGCCUCGUCUGGUGCUGAUGUCCCUUAUGGGUUUGACCGCUCUUACGGAUAUAAUACCCUAUACGGAACUCGAGUUCCUCGCCGCCCCGCGCAUUGGGGCGAUAGGUUUCCGCAAGACGAGGGUCCAUCCAUGCGCCCAUCCAUGGGCACUGGUGCUCAUGGGCGCCAACCUGGUUACGGAAUGGUGCUUCCAAAACAGCGGCGAAACGGCCCCGACCUCUCUGGCCGCGCCACUACGACCCCCCAUGCCAAAUAUUCACGAGAGACUCAUGAGAGCCUGCGCCAUGGUCACCAUCAGAUGACAGCAUCCUCGCCAAGACUUAGUCCUGCUCAUCAGACUCCGAACAGCUUUCCCCCUCCAUCUGGUAAUAGUCUGAUCCCAUAUGAGGCACGGGAGAAGAGGCCCUUGGUUUAUUAGGCCAGCAGUUAAAUGGAAUACAGGAAUUACCGCUCCAUACACCAGCCAGAACGAUACAAUGCACCCUGACCCGGGAUGCUUCGAGCUGGGAGAUCAACCGCAUCACGAAACGCCGGCACAUAUGGGAGGGGAGCCACCAGAGGGUAAGCGGCCGGGUGUCCAGUUUGCAGGAACAAGUGGCUGCGAAGAAGAAGAAAACCUAGACAUGCAGGGCAAUUUCCGUCACGGGAUAGCUAUUGAUCGCACCAGAUCUGCGUCCCAAGCCGGCUCGGAAGGGACAACGAGACGGUACUAUGCUGAGCCUGAAGAGAUGGCCCCCUAGGAGGCGAGCCAUGCCUGCUCAGACGAUAGAAGACGGACCUUUUUUAUCAACGGCGGAGUCGAGAUGCCAUAUGAGC